AUGAGGCUUCCUGUUGUUUACAAGCAAAGGGACCUCAUGUUUCAUCCUUCAUGGGCUUUCACUCUUCCAUCCUUCUUGCUUCGUAUUCCUAUAUCUGUGCUAGAGAGUAUUGUGUGGUGUGGCAUCUAUUACUAUGGAGUUGAUCUUGCCCCUGAUGCUUCGAGGUUCUUCAAGCAUCUUCUGUUGGUUUUCUUGAUCCAGAAUGUGGCAUCAGGACUUUUUAGACUCAUUGCUGGGGUUUGUAAAACAAUGAAUAUUGCGAACACGGGUGGAUCUGUUGUACUUCUUAUGAUAUUUCUUUUGGGUGGUUUUAUACUUCCUAAAACAAGUAUUCCAAACUGGUGGGAGUGGGCUUACUGGGUUUCGCCUCUUUCUUAUGGCUUCAAAUCGUUCGCCAUAAACGAGUUUCUUGGUUCUAGGUGGACAAGUAAAAUGAGCUCGGACAAUUCAACCAACUUGGGCUACGCAGUGUUAGAGAAUCUCGACAUCCCAACUAAAGAAAGCUCAUAUUGGAUCGGUGCUGCUGCUCUUCUUGGUUUCACAUUUCUCUUUAAUUUCCUCUUCACUAUUGCUCUCGCGUAUUUAGACGCCCCCGGAAAACCACAAGCAAUCAUCUCCAAGGAAGAAGCUGCAGCCAUGGAAUUAGAAGGUCAAGAUACCAACCAAGAACCAACAUUACAUUUACAUCAUGCUAAUGGAAAUAAAAUCGCUUCUGAGGUUACUAAUGUUGCUAAGAAGGGCAUGGUUCUUCAGUUUACUCCAUACGCCAUGUCAUUCGACAAAAUGAGCUAUUUCGUUGACAUGCCUUAUGAAAUGAGAGAGCAAGGGGUGACAGAAAAUAGGUUGCAAUUACUUAGUCAAGUAACGGGUGCUUUUAGGCCUGGAGUCCUAACUGCAUUGAUGGGAGUAAGUGGAGCUGGAAAAACUACAUUAAUGGAUGUUUUAGCAGGAAGAAAGACUAGUGGUUAUAUCGAAGGUGACAUAAGAAUAUCCGGAUUCCCUAAAAAACAAGAAACAUUUGCAAGAAUCUCUGGAUAUUGUGAGCAAACAGAUAUCCACUCUCCUACAAUCACUGUUCACGAAUCUUUAAUCUACUCUGCUUUCCUCCGUCUCCCAAAAGAAGUUAGCAAAGAAGACAAAAUGACUUUUGUGGGUGAAGUAAUGGAGCUAGUUGAACUAGACAACAUCAAGGAUGCGAUAGUGGGACUUCCAGGAGUUAGUGGUUUAUCAACAGAACAAAGAAAGAGGCUAACAAUUGCAGUGGAGCUUGUUGCUAAUCCUUCGAUUAUUUUCAUGGAUGAACCGACUUCUGGGCUUGAUGCAAGAGCAGCUGCCAUUGUUAUGAGGGCUGUAAGAAACACUGUGGACACAGGGAGAACGGUUGUUUGCACCAUUCAUCAGCCCAGCAUUGAUAUCUUUGAAUCGUUUGAUGAGUUAUUGUUAUUGAAAAGAGGAGGAAAAGUUAUCUAUGCGGGACCAUUAGGCAGACAUUCUCAAAGCAUCAUCGACUACUUUGAGGAAGUUCCUGGGGUUCCAAAGAUCCCCGAAAAGUACAACCCAGCAACAUGGAUGUUGGAAGUCAGCUCUGGUUCUGCAGAGACACGACUCAACAUUGAUUUUGCUGAGCAUUACAAUGCAUCAUCUUUGCAUCAGAGGAACAAGGAGAUGGUGAAGGAGUUAAGUGUACCUCCCCCAGGUGCUGUAGAUCUUCACUUUGAGACACAAUAUUCUCAAUCAAUGUGGGGACAAUUCACAUCUUGUCUAUGGAAGAUGUGGUGGAGUUACUGGCGAAAUCCCGAUUAUAACCUUGUCCGUUUCUUCUUCACUUUACUUUGUGCACUCAUGGUCGGGACAGUAUUCUGGAAAAUCGGAAACAAAAAGUCGAGUAGUAAUGAUUUGAGCACAACAAUUGGGGCAAUGUACGCGGCUAUAUUUUUUGUUGGUAUUAACAAUUCACAGACAGUACAACCGGUUGUUGCAACAGAAAGAACAGUCUUUUAUCGUGAAAGAGCUGCUGGGAUGUACUCAUCGUUACCAUACGCCAUGGCACAGGUGUUUGUAGAGAUACCAUAUGUAUUCCUUCAAACGACAUAUUACACUUGCAUUGUGUACACCAUGGUUUCAUUCGAAUGGACAGCACCCAAAUUCUUCUGGCUCUUUUUCAUCAACUUCUUUUCGUUCCUUUACUUCACUUACUAUGGAAUGAUGACUGUUUCCAUUACACCAAACGAGCAAAUCGCAGCCAUAUUCGCAGCUGGUUUCUACCUACUUUUUAAUAUUUUCUCGGGCUUUUAUAUCCCACAACCCAAAAUUCCCGGAUGGUGGGUGUGGUACUACUGGAUCUGCCCCAUGGCGUGGACCGUGUAUGGAUGCAUUGUUUCACAGUAUCAUGAUGUGGAUAGCACGAUCACAGUGUCUGGCAUGGCAACGGAUCCCACCCUCACAUCGUAUCUCAAUGACUACUAUGGUUUUGAAAUGGAUUUCAUGGGUCCCGUUGCUGCGGUUUUGAUUGGUUUUUGUGUAUUCUUUGCCUUCCUAUAUGCCACUUUCCUACGGACUAUGAACUUCCAGAUGAGAUAGAAAGCAAGUUCUUAAGUACGUAAUGUUUAUAGAUUUUUGGAUAGAUGAAGUAAAAUUUAUUUCGUUUUUGUAUCGACAUUGUGGUACUAUCAUAUCUGGAAAUUUUUUUUUUUUUCGUUUGAAUUGUAGCAA